AUGGCCCCACAAGUACCAGCCUUGGCUCAGUCAGAAUCAAAAGCUCGCUUUUUCGCACGGUUAGGACUCGACCUCACCAAUGGCACGCACAGACGGGUGUACAACCUGAUGAAGAUGGAGGCCGCCGAUGGCCGCAGGAGACUUCUCGAAAACCAGGCCGGCAGCACAGCUCAGAUUCACGAAACUGCAUGGCAGAACGAAGUGUUGAGAAUAUAUAACGACGCUCAGCCUCAAACUCGCGCCGUUUAUCAAUUUGGCCACGAUCUUGCCGAUCCCCAAGCUCCCGAUAACUGGAUCAUCAGAUGGAUGCUUUGGCAUGUAUUUCGUUAUCGCGACUAUCGCAACAAGCAGCAGCGAUCGACGAACGAGGCCGGCUCGGGGGACGGGGACGAGGACGAAUAUGGGUCUGAUCAGCCGUUAACCCGCGAGAGCAGUGGCUCGCGAAAGGGUAGUGCGAGUUCGACUGUUGUAGCAAGCAAGACCGGCUCCAGCUCACGGUCAUACUGGGACCCGGUACGCAAUCCAUAA